UAGCUUUAGUUGUCGAGAAUUGUAAGGAUGAUUAAUUAAGGAAGGAUAGAAGAUACUUCAAGGGAUAACAGUUACAUUAUGGCUUUCAAUGUAGCUGCGAUCUUGCGAUUGUUAUAUUAUCAAAAUCAAAGCAAAAACUGUUGGGAAGUUGUGUGAAGGAUGCGASAUUCUUAUAAGGAACCACAUUAAGAUUCUCCUAAACAGGUUGUGAAUAUCAAAAAGAAGAUUUGACAAUUGCAUAUCAACGCAAAGGACGCUCCAAUUGGCUAUCAAAUAUACUCAACAAUAUUAUAGUGCGAUAGAUUGUGRGAAAAGAACCGUAUUGGUUCAUAGUGCAAAGCCGUCUGCAACACAUAGCUUUGAUAACUUGCAGCUCGAUGUUUGUCAGGGUACAAUAAAACGUCUUAUAAAGAAAGCAAGAACUCUUGAAAAUUUUAAUACCUAUACCCUUAUGUUUAAAGGAAUCAGUAGUAUAUCUGCUCCAACUGGUUUUAAGCGGCAUACUAGUUAUUAUCCUAACAGAGAGCUGACAUAUUCAAGUCACAUUCCAGCGUAUAGAAGCCCACGAAUCGUUAUUAAUGUCAGCGGUAUGCGUUAUGAAACAUAUGAGGAGACAUUGUCGAAUUACCCAGAAACUUUGCUUGGGUGUCCCGUUAGACGCAAGGAAUACUUCAACCCUUCCACUAAUGAAUACGUCUUUUUAAGAGACAAGCACAGCUUUAACGCUAUCUUAUUUUAUUAUCAAUCUCGUGGAAUUCUCUCUAAACCAGAUGACGUUAGUGAGGUUUUGUUCUCCAAGGAACUUGAGUUCUAUGGUAUAAUACCUCCCUGGGAACAAGCUAAUCAUGAAGAAAAUAACAUGGAAGAAAGCCAAGAUAUUGCUUUACCUCCAAAUUGUUUAAAACGAACGUUAUGGCUAUGGUUUGAAUAUCCACGAUCCUCCAAUGUUGCCCGUGGGCUGGCAUUGUGGUCAGUUUUUGUAAUCGUUGUUUCAACAAUUGCAUUCUGUGUGGAAACAUUGCCUGCUUUGAAGAUAAGAAAACAAUUUAGUACCACUGUAAAAAACAUAGUUUUCAACAAUAUUUCCAGAGAAGAUAUCUCAGGUCAAUGGAAUGUUACAGAGCGCUUUCAAAGCGAUCAAUCUGCUCAAUCACAUGAUGUCGUUGAUCACUGGUUUAUCAUUGAAGCGACGAGUGUUGUUUGGUUUACCGUCGAAUAUUUGGUGCGGCUUUACUCAGCUCCCUGUUUUAUCAAGUUUGUGCGGUCUCCUAUGGGAAUCAUGGAUAUUGUAGCUAUCAUGCCAUUCUACUUUACCCUUACCAUUACUCUCAAUCCCUUUGAAGUCCAGUCUUUCGCUGUACUUCUAGCUUUACGGUUGUUUCGAGUUUUAAGAAUUUUUAAACUCUCUCGUUACAGUUCAGCACUUGGUCUUUUAGUGAAAACCCUAUACGCAAGCAGCGAUCAGUUAAAGUCUUUAUGCUUUUGUUUCUUGGUUGGAGUCAUACUGUUUUCAAGUGCAAUUUUUUAUGCAGAAGAUGAUGUCACCACCUAUCCCAGCAUACCUCAUGCGUUCUGGUGGACGAUCAUAACGAUGACAUCGGUAGGGUAUGGUGAUGUAGUACCUGUUAGCAUUGCUGGUAGAUUAGUUGGUAGCCUUUGUGCAAUGUGCGGCCUUAUAUUGUUCUGUUUGCCAACUCCCGUUUUAGUUUCCAAUUUUAUAAAAUACUAUCUGAACGAUGGAAUCACAAAAGACCAAAAAAAGAAACAAUUCGCUGACAAUUUGAAAGCUUUAUUUCUUCGUAAUUCAAAACAAUGAUUUCACAUAAAAACCAAAGACAUUUUAASUUAAAAAUUGAAACGACAUCUUAGACUUUAACAUAAACUUUCUUCCCAUUUAAAUUUCUGAACAUAGA